AAAGUAACCCCCUCUGACUUUGUGUGCAGCUUUAACUGAGUCUUCUUUUUUGUAAAGUGUGCAAGACCUUGUUUUUGCAGGAUUCAAUUAGAAGCUUGUCUCCUUAUUAUGCUUUUCCUCCUUGGCAACUUGUUAGACAAACUUUGUGUGUCAUCUUGAAAGGUAGGAGGAGCUGACUUUAAAGGCAUGUCCCCUCUAGAUUUUGGAAUGUGUUUACGUUUGCUUCUUAGGUGUGUGCUCAUGUCUUACGUCUACCCGCUGUGUACUUGUACAGAAAUGAUUAAAGGAACACACUCGUUUUGUGAACUUGUGCUCAGAUGCUGGCUUUAGCUGUACUGACAGGUUAAUGUAAAAUACAUAUGACCUUGCCUUAAAGACAAACAUGCAUGGUAAACAGGCGGCUAACUAAGCUUUGCAGAAGGUAAAGUGUCUUUGACCAAAUGUGACGGAAUUAAAUUACAUUCUAUGUAAAAUUUAAAAGGUCAUAAAAAAACUUUUUGGGGGGUUUUAAUGGUUUUAAAAGGAACGACAACGUCUCGCCUCCUAACUGGUGCUGCUUGAAGUGCUCCUAGCCUUGAAAGACACCAGUGUCUCUGUCCUCAGCUACAGAUCAACGUCAUGGACCCACAAAUAACUUCGUUUGAAAUGGACAAGCACCUGUCUUUCCCCUCACCCCUGACCUGCCAUAGGCUUGUUUUAGGCAUGUCACACGAAUACAUACCAGACUUAAAUUUGACUGUACAACCUAAUAUGAACUCUGUUUUGUGUCCUGGCACGGUAAUGUCUACUCUUGCCCACCGUCAUCCUCUCAACCAAGCCCGGAUUGGCUCGGUUAGCCCAUGUGGCAGCAGAAGCAGAGCUGAAGGCUCCCUUCGCAGAUGAGCUUCCUUCUCGUCAGGCCCAGCUCACGACACUGAAAACCACCGACGAGUUUGAUGUUCUGGUCAUCGGAGGAGGAGCCACAGGGUCAGGAUGUGCCUUAGACGCUGUCACGCGCAACCUCAAAACUGCCCUCAUAGAGAGAAGCGAUUUCUCAUCGGGCACAAGCAGCCGCAGCACCAAACUAAUCCACGGUGGAGUCCGCUAUCUUCAGAAGGCGAUCAUGCAGUUGGACUACGAACAGUACAAAAUGGUGAAAGAGGCCCUUCACGAAAGAGCCAACCUUCUGGAGAUCGCACCUCACCUGUCUGCACCGCUACCCAUCAUGCUUCCUGUUUACAAAUGGUGGCAGUUGCCUUAUUACUGGGCAGGGAUCAAGAUGUACGACUUGGUGGCUGGGAUUCACUGUCUGAAAAGCAGCUAUGUCCUCGGGAAGAACAAAGCUCUGGAACUGUUCCCCAUGUUGAAGAAGGACAAGCUGGUGGGAGCGAUCGUCUACUAUGACGGGCAGCACAAUGACGCCCGUAUGAACCUGGCCAUCGCACUAACCGCCGGACGCUACGGCGCCACUAUCGCCAACUACACCGAGGUGAUUCAGCUGUUGAAGACCAACGACCCAAAGACUGGCAAAGAAAAGGUGUGCGGCGCCCGCUGCAGAGAUGUCAUCACAGGAAAGGAAUUUGACGUCAAGGCCAAGUGUGUGAUCAACGCCACCGGACCCUUCACAGACUCAGUGAGGAAGAUGGACAGCCAGGAAACUGCAAACAUAUGCCAGCCCAGCGCUGGUGUUCACAUCGUCAUCCCUGGUUACUACAGUCCCGACAACAUGGGUCUGCUUGAUCCAGCCACAAGUGACGGACGUGUCAUCUUCUUCCUGCCCUGGGAGAAGAUGACCAUAGCGGGCACAACUGACUCCCCCACCAGUGUGACAGCUCAUCCAAUCCCAGGAGAGGAUGACAUCAACUUCAUAUUGAAUGAGGUUCGCAACUACCUCAGCGCUGAUGUAGAAGUGCGUCGAGGGGACGUGUUGGCUGCAUGGAGCGGCAUCCGUCCACUGGUGACCGAUCCCAACUCCAAAGACACUCAGUCCAUCUGCAGGAACCACAUUGUCAGCGUCAGUGAAAGGGGACUGGUCACCAUCGCUGGUGGAAAGUGGACCACCUACAGGUCCAUGGCUGAAGAAACUCUGGACGCAGCCAUCGAAGCUCACAACCUGUCAGCCGAGCAGUGCAAAACCGUGGGUCUGAUGCUGGAGGGAGGAAAGGGCUGGACUCCGACCACCUACAUCCGCCUGGUGCAGGACUAUGGCCUCGAGGUGGAGGUCGCCCAGCAUCUGGCCUCGACGUACGGUGCAAAGGCGUUUGAAGUUGCAAAGAUGGCUCAGGUCACUGGACAAAGAUGGCCGAUCGUAGGGAAACGACUGGUGUCCGAGUUUCCUUACAUUGAGAGUGAGGUGCUGUAUGCGAUUAAAGAGUACGCCUGCACCGCCAUUGACGUCAUUGCCCGACGGACGCGCCUGGGCUUCCUGAAUGUGCAGGCAGCCGACGAAGCCCUUCCACGCAUCGUUCAGAUCAUGGGGAAAGAGCUGGGCUGGAAUCAUGAGAAGAGCACGGCCGAACUGGAAGCAGCGAAGAGGUUUUUGUACCAUGAGAUGGGCUACAGGUCUCGUUCUGAGCAGCUGACUAAGACUACUGACAUCAAUUUAAAUAACCAGGAAGUAGUCAGAUACAAGAAACGUUUCCAAAAGUUUGACAAAGACAGCAAAGGAUUCAUCACCACCAUUGACGUCCAGCAAGUUUUGGAGAGCAUCAAUGUCAACAUUGAUGAAAAUGCACUCCAUGAAAUCCUUAAUGAAGUGGACCUCAACAAGAACGGACAAGUAGAAAUAGAUGAAUUCCUGCAGCUGAUGAGCGCCGUGAAGAAGGGCCAAGUGGCCGACAGCCGUCUGGCAAUUCUCAUGAAGACUGCGGAGGAAACUCUGGAUAAGAGGGGGCCGGUGACCGUGGAUCGCAGCGGGGGCGGAGUCUGAGUUCAGGGACCCGGAGGAGAAAGCCUUCAGCUGCCGCUGCGCUUUUAUAAAAGUGGUAAAAACAACUAGUCACGCAAAUGGUGCUAAUUGAAUGACAAUACAGCAAUCAAAUGUAUUCAAAUCAAAUGUAGACCAGGAGCAAACGCGUCCGAAUCCUGAGUGUGUGUCUCUGUGAAAUCCAGUGAUUGAGUCUGAGACUAUAUUUUUGUAAGGCAAUAGAUUCAUUUGUAUGUGUGUGUGUGUGUGUGUGUUGUCAACAUCCAGUGCCUCUGAUAUGAAGGCAGCUGAUAAUUCAUCCAUUUUAUACAGUACUUUUACUACAAUUUACAGUUUGUUUUUUCUUUUUACAUUUUCUUCAUUUUUAAACGACACACAUUGUUGUGUAAAUGCUUCAAAUAGAAACUGAGUUCUGGUUGUGCUGCAUUUUCCAGGUUCAUCGUUCCCUAAAGGUUUCAGUUUGCAUGUCGUCACAGUGUAUCAGGAAAUGGCCUAAAAACUAACAAAGAUAGACGAUGAAAGUGAAAACAGAGCAUCAUGAAUUUGAGACAGAAAACCUUUUUUGGAAAAGAGCGGACCUCUUAAAUGAAGCUUAACUGAUCAUCUCAGUGCGAUGUUUCUGAUGUAAACAUGUUACAAGCACUCGUCGGCUUUGAUAAAAUAUUUAAUGAGGUUUCUGAAUUACGUCUGCAGCACUUUUGUUGCCUUUUCUUUAUUUUUAGGGCUAAAAAAAAUUAUGUGGGUGAAGUUUGAAGGGGAAUUUUUUUUUUAACAUUGUCUUGUGCAAAUGUUUUCCAUCUGCUGCUCUACGGAUUUACUGACGUUUAUACAACGGCGUUUCCAGCUUUAGCACUAUUGUUCAAAAACACUGAUGCUUUUAAAUCUCUGCUCUUUUUAUGUAAGAAUUAUUUAUUAUUUUUGUUAUAGACAUGAGAUGAUCUCGAUUUAACUACAGUGUAUGUCUAAAGUGCAUGAUGAAAACAGGAUUUUAAACACAGUUAUUUUUUAUAAGUGGAAUUGCAUACUACAGGUAAACCUUAUUCUCUAUAUAAUGUAAAACUUUAGUUUUUUUUACAUUUAAAUAGCUGUAUUAACGCACAAUCCAGUCUGUCUGAUGGCAGCACACUGCUAAAGUUUAAUUCUGCAUGCUGUUGUCUCCUGCAUGUUUCAUCCUCAGCUUCUGUAUGAAUAUGUGCCUUAAUGUCCUGAAGAUAUGACUCACUCAUUCACCCUCUUUUUCACUAUUUCAUAUAUGUUCAGUAAAUACAGGGACUAUGUUAUUUAUAUCAAUUAUAUAUAUAAAAAAAACAUUUUUAAAUAAAGAAUGGUGUUUAAAAUGUAUGUUAACAUUUGUGAGAAGCGUGACCUGCAACACUAGAAUUUGAACCAUAUGGAAUUUAAACUGAUUAUCGUUUGUUUAAUUGAUUCAUUUGAGGGACACGUUGCAGCAGCUCCUCGUCUGUCUGGAUUUAGUCUUUCUCCACGGCACUUUGUUGCUUUGGGAAAAACAAUAGAUUUCUCCUUCAUUUUUGGUUUGCUACAUUAGUGAAUGAGAUAGCAUUUUAUUAUAAAACGCCACAUGGGUAAUUUGUUAAAACAUCACAAGGACUCCCUUGGUCUAAAUUCACCAUCUUUCACAUAUGUAAAACAUCCCUUUAACGUGUGCGUUUUAUUUUUGGUCUUCAAAGCUGCCAACUAUUUAAAAAAAAAAAAAGCAAACAAAAAGGUACUUAGACAUUUUUAUGUCGAUAAAGAUUCAUCUCCUUUAAAAAGAAUAAUGAAUAAAAACGACAGCUCAACUCUCUGCACAUCAUCACAGGCCUCUGUUGCGUUUUUUUAAUUGUCAGAAAUGUGUCUUUCUACUCUGUCCUUCCUUACUGCCUUUAUAUCAACAUUAUUUUCUAUAUAUGGUUUUUUUGGAUAAUUUUUAAUACAGUAAAUCAUUCCAUACUGCAGCUGUUAGUGAAGUGUGUGUGUGUAUCAGUGUGUGGUCACACGGGGGUUUGACGACAAUGCGUCCACACCGACGACCCUGUCAAGAAUCGCUCAUGGGCAGCACGACACGAAUCCCCGUGUUCGAUUGUCUUCUCUUGGAUGAAAUUACAGCUUUAUCCUCGAGUCAAAGAGAAUCAUAUUCCUUCCAUCCAGUACUGUAAGAAUACUGUGAGUCAAUCUUCAGGUAAAAAAAAAGAAAGAAAAAGAAACAAUGCAAUUAUGUAAUUAAAUGUAUCCAGUUGCUUGCAAA